UUCCUUCAUUCAAUCUUAAUCACCCGCCGGAUAUUUUCAACAACCUCCCUUCCAAUUCCCUCCCCACCACCGGCGCCACCGCUCUGCCGCCGCUCUUCGAGCCUUCCGCGGCUCCAUAGCGAUGGGGAGGGCUCCACCGGAGUCCGAGCUUCAGAUCAACGUCCAGCCCCGUCGCCACCACCACCACCAUCCCCCGCCGCCUCCCCCUCCCAGGCCCUACCAGCCUUUCAAGAAAUGGUUCCCCUGGCUCGUCCCCUUAAUCAUCCUCGCCAACAUUGCCCUCUUCGCCUACGCAAUGUACGUCAAUAACUGCCCCCGGAACUCCGACAAAUGCUUCGGCGCCUCCUUCCUCGGCCCCUUCGCCUUCCAGAGCCUCCGCGAGAACCCCUUGCUCGGCCCCUCCGCCGACACGUUGCGAAAAUUGGGGGCUUUGGAUGUGGGGAAGGUGGUGGAGGAGCACCAAGUGUGGCGGCUGAUGUCCUGUAUGUGGCUACACACCGGCGUUUUCCAUGUCGCCGCCAAUAUGGUCAGCCUUCUCUUCGUUGGCAUCCGGCUUGAACAAGAAUUCGGGUUCGUGAAGAUUGGUUUGCUGUAUACCCUGUCUGGAAUUGGGGGGAGCUUAGCAUCGGCUCUAUUCGUGAGGACGGCGAUCUCAGUUGGCGCUUCGGGUGCCCUCUUCGGUUUGCUUGGAGCCAUGUUGUCUGAAUUGCUCACCAAUUGGAGCAUUUAUGAAAACAAGGUGGCAACACUAUUGACACUCAUUGUCAUCAUUCUGAUAAAUCUAGCUGUGGGAAUUCUCCCUCAUGUCGACAAUUUUGCUCAUCUUGGGGGAUUCGUCACCGGGUUCCUACUCGGAUUCAUCCUUCUCAUUCGCCCUCAGUUUGGCUACGUUAGCCGGAAAAACGCUCCCCCGGGCUACUUUUUGCCCUCAAGAAAGGCCAAGCACAAGAUUUACCAGUGCAUUCUCCUCAUUCUUGCUUUGAUUCUCCUCAUUCUAGGGCUCACAAUUGGCAUGGUUAUGCUACUCCAAGGUGUGGAUGGGAAUGACCAUUGUUCAUGGUGCCAUUACUUGAGUUGUUUUCCGACCCCUAUAUGGACUUGCGACGUACGAUGCUCGUCAAAACAAAAUGGGGACCAGCUGAACUUGACAUGUAUGUUGGACAACAAAAGCAGGAAUUAUUUUUUGUCAAGCUCCAACAGCACUGCCUCGGACAUCCAAAAGCUCUGCACUCAACUCUGCAGCUGAUUAUGUAAUAUAUCCCAUUUGUAUGUAUAUAUUAGCUUGAAGGGUGGCCUUAAUUAAUUGUUCAUUAGCACUAAAUUAAGAUCCAAUCC